AUGCAGCCGCUCUUAGUGUACUUUAUUAUAACAGUUUUCUGCUCUUGGAUUGCUGAUUCAUCACCAAAAAAUGUCGAUAAUACCAUCAAAUUCGCAGCCCCGACAUGUUCGAUGAACAUCAACAAUCAACUGCCGCGGCCGCAGCCAUUGAUUCUGGUUCCAGGAACCGAUCGGUUUCGCUACCCCACAUCGGACAAUCGGCUGCUUCGAUUGGAUGCCGGUGAAACGAUCGAACUUGCAUGUAACAGCAAUGGUUUUAGCCGGUUCCCCAGUGCUCGAACCAUCACUGUCAGUUGCGUUUUCGAUAUGACGUUUAACUUCAACAGUACCAUGUACGCAUUUGAGGACUUUUCCUGUACCCAACUGUGGUACAGUUCGGCACGACGAACCGGCCAGCAAUGUGAAACUGCGGCCACGCUGAUUGAAAUCGGUUUCGAUAUGGGGGAUCGAUUUCCGAAAUUCUUGGAUGUUUGCCAUAAUGAGGAAACGUUCGAAAACCACUGGGUAAGGCAUGAACUUCAACGUCCCAGUGUCGGCUACCAGUCGAGUAAUCCGCGACCCAGUUGGUACCAGGGAGAUUUUUACCCUGGCAUUUACGUUGAUAAUUUGUACACAAUGAACAGGCAGCGCGAAACGGUUGGGAAGAUCUUGGGGUCCCAAGAUCUGGCGGACAAUAUUGUCGGCGACUACGACAGCAUGCGUUACAUGGCUCGUGGUCAUAUCGCUGCGCGCGUGGACGUGAUCUUUGGAACCCAGCAGAAUGGUACCUUUUGGUUUCUGAAUGCUGCUCCGCAGUGGCAGGCCUUCAACGAGGGAAACUGGUUGAAGAUUGAAGAGAGCACGCGCCGGUUUGUGGCCGCACGCAAUCUCGAGGUCACGGUCUAUGGGGGCACCUACGGUGCGCACACCCAAACCGAUGUCAACGGGGACCAGCAGCCGAUCUUCCUGGAUUUCGAUCCGAAUGGAACCCAGCGGUUGCCGGCACCGAAAAUUUUCUACAAGAUUCUGUACGACGAACGGAACAAGGCCGGUAUUGCACUGGUUGGAGUUAAUGACAUACAUCUGACUUCGAUGGAGCAAAUCAUCGAUGGUGGGUACAUGCUUUGUGAGGAUGACGUUGGGGACAAAAUCAACUGGAUCGACUGGAAUCGGAGGAACUUUUCCAAAGGGUACUCCUAUGCGUGUGAAGUGAAUCCGUUCCUCAAGCGCAUAGGACAUCUAGCUGAGUUAGAUGUUCCUUAUUUACUGAUUUAG